AUGUCUUCUAAUUCGAACGAUCUUGUUCGUCAGCACACGCACGACAUCGAACUCGGUGUCUCGGACGUGCUCCAACGCCAUAUCACGCGCCAUGUUGUCCCUGCCAAACCUGUGUCUCAGCGAAGGCUCGACUUUGAGCACAAGCGACCCCGGAUUCUGCGUGAAAUGAUGGCCGAAGCCACCGGUGUCUUCUUCUACGUGUUCCCCGGUAUUGCUUCCGUCGCUUCGUUCACCUUGGCCACUACAAACCCGGUCGCGGCAGAGAUAGGAGUUCCUAUCUUUGGCUCUCUCUUCCAGAUCGGUUGGGCAUUCGCCAUUGGUAUAGCAUUUGCCAUCAUCACAUGUGCUCCCGUCAGUGGUGGGCAUUUCAAUCCAGCCAUCACGAUCUGCUUUGCCAUCUGGGAAGGCUUCCCAUGGAAAAAAGUGCCUCAUUAUAUCUUUUCACAGAUCUUCGGUGCAUUUAUGGCCGGAAUGAUGCUCAUGGCGUGCUACUGGCCCGAAAUUCAAGCGGCAAAGGCAAUCGACAUCAGUCAGCAUGGUACCACGGUGUACAACGGUGGCGUGGCAAGCAUCUUAUGCGUGUUCCCCAAUGCGGACCAGACCAACCAAGGAUACCUGUUCUUCAUGGAGUUCUUCGUUGAUAGCUACAUCGGAAUCGUGAUCUGGGCCUGUCUGGACCGCGCCAACCCCUUCGUCAGCCCUCAGUCUGUUCCUUUCACCAUCGGUAUCGCCUACGCCGUUAUGGUCUGGGGCUUUGCUGGAAACACCAUCUCCACCAAUCUGGCCAGGGACUUGGGCACCCGUAUCGUGGCGGCCAUUUUCUUUGGCAAGGAGGCUUUCACGGCGUCGAACAGCUACUCGUGGAUCUCCAUUCUGGUCAAUAUCCCGGCGACUAUCUUUGCCACUGGAUAUUACGAGUUCCUCAUCCGGGAUAGCCUGCAGAAAAUCCAGCAGGGACACGCCGAGCAUAAGGAGGGUGAAGAAGGUCUACAUAGACACAUCUCCAGAGUCACGGGUGUCGAUGUCGCCAAUCAAGCAUGGGAUAGCAACCGUGGUGCCAUGAACUCUGCCGAAGGAGUGCGGGAAAAGCAAUUCUAG